CCAUGUAUACUUAAAUUUAGUCCGUAUGCUGGUAAUACCUGACACCACAAGAAGUUACCGUUCCAGGAGGCAUGAUCUACUUUCCUUCAGCAGCCAGCUGGAUGGCAGGCCCUGAGCUGAAGUUGGGAAUAAGGCCCUUGGCACUCUGCGUCCCUCAGAUGUGCAUAUCAGUUGGGGCCCUAGGCAAUACUCCUCUGAGUCUGGCUUUCAUUCAGCAUAACAUUGUUCAGUGCUUCCUGGACCUCGCAGGAUUCUAGCCCUGGAAAUCUAAGCCCCAGCCUGGUCAUAAAACGGACAACUGACAGUCUGUCUUCCACUGGGUUAAAUGCAGGGGCGGUUUGAAAGGAUAUUGAAGUUCGAAUAACACACAUUCACUUGUAUGUAGAUUUUCUUAAUGGGUAAAAAGAUAAAGAAGGAAGCAGAACCUCCCCAUAAGGAUGUGUUCGACCCAUUAACAGUUGAAAGCAAAAAUGUAGCAACUGUGGUGUUAAUGCUUAAUUCUCCAGAAGAGGAAAUUUUGGCAAAAGCUUGUGAAGGAAUUUAUAGAUUUGCUUUAAAAGGUGAGGAAAAUAAAACAACCCUCCUUGAACUCGGAGCUGUGGAACCUUUAACUAAACUGCUCACCCAUGAAGACAAAAUUGUCAGAAGAAAUGCUAAUAUGAUAUUUGGGAUCCUGACUUCUAAUAGUGAUGUGAAAAAAUUGUUAAGGGAGUUGGAUAUCUUGAGUCAUGUUAUUGCUCAGCUUGCUCCAGAAGAAGAAGUAAUUAUCCACGAGUUUGCUAGUCUUUGCCUGGCAAACAUGUCUGCGGAGUACACCAGCAAAGUGCAAAUAUUUGAGUGCGGCGGAUUAGAGCCCCUCGUCAGACUGCUGAGCAGCCCUGACCCUGAUGUGAAGAAGAAUUCUAUUGAGUGCAUUUACAACUUGGUCCAGGAUUUUCAGUGUCGAGCUACACUUCCAGAGCUAAAUGCCAUCCCUCCUAUAUUAGAACUCUUGAAUUCAGAAUAUCCAAUUAUUCAGCUGUUGGCUCUCAAAACCUUAGGUGUCGUUACAAAUGAUAAAAAGUCACGAGUACUGCUAAGAGACAAUCAAGGAGUGGACCAGCUUAUUAAGAUCCUAGAAACUAAGGACUUGAGUGACCUUCAUACAGAAGCGCUGUUAGUGAUAGCCAAUUGCCUUGAAGAUAGGGAUACUAUGGUGCUCAUUCAGCAGACUGGGGGUCUUAAGAAGCUCCUGACAUUUGCAGAAAACUCUACAAUUCCUGAUAUUCAGAAGAAUGCAGCAAAGGCAAUCACCAAGGCUGCGUAUAACUCUGAAAAUAGAAAGUUUUUCCAUGAACAAGAGGUUGAAAAGUGCCUUAUAGCCCUGUUGGGUUCUGAAAAUGAUGGAACUAAAAUUGCUGCUUCCCAGGCCAUUUCAGCAAUGUGUGAGAAUACGGACAGCAAGAAGGUUUUCAAUACCCAGGGGAUUCCGCAGUUAAUCCAGUUGCUGAAAAGCGACAGUGAAGAGGUGGGAGAAGCGGCCGCGCUUGCCCUGGCCAACCUGACCACCUGCAACCCGGCUAAUGCGAACGCUGUCGCAGAAGCUGAUGGGAUCGGCCCAUUAAUAAACACCCUGUCCAGCACGCGAGAAGGGGCCAUCGCCAGUGCUGCGGCCGCCUUAACCAACAUGGCCAUGCAGGAGCCUCUGCGCGUGGCCAUCCAGGCCCGCGGCGUCAUGCAGGCCCUCCUCGGGCCUCUGCGUUCGGCCAGCACCGUGGUGCAGAGCAAGGCGGCUCUGGCCGUCGCUGCCACUGCCUGUGACUUUGAGGCCCGGACAGAGUUAAGAAAUUUAGGGGGGCUGGAACCCCUGGUGGAGCUCCUGCGCUCUAAGAAUAGUGAAGUCCGGAGGCACGCGAGCUGGGCUGUGAUGGUCUGCGCCAGCGAUGAAUUGAUGGCCACCGAAUUCUUCCGGCUUGGGGCUUUAGAUAUCCUUGAAGAUAUUAAUCUUUCAGUAACUCGACAAAAUAAAUUCAGUGAGGCAGCUUAUAACAAAUUGCUCAACUACAACCUGUCCCUGAAAUAUAGCCAGAUGGGAUAUUUGUCAUCAAGCAAUAUCAUUAGUGAUGGAUUCUAUGAUUAUGGACGGAUAAAUCGUGGCACCAAACUUUUGCCUCUGAAGGAACUCUGCUUGGAAGAACCGAGUGGUCUGCGUGCUACACUCUUAAUUAACUGUAAACCUUCUGAUGUGAAAAACAAUCACCAUUUUAGUGCUGGAUUUGGAUCUCCCACCGAAGAGAAAUUGGAACCUACUUCUGGACGAAAUACAGCUCUUAGCAAAAGUGCCAUCAAAGAAAGAGGAAUGAGAAAGUCUCAGCCAAAGCAAGAUAUACCCUCCCUGGAAAGGAAAGGCAAAGGAGAGAAAGAAGAAGAAAAAAUUACUGGAGAAGGAAGCCCUGAAAAAGACUGGCACCCUCCCUGUGACCCUGACUUCUGUGUGUAUGUGCAUGAAGUGACCAAGUCAAUUCUUCCCAUAAUGAAUAUUAAGGUACAGAUUGAGACUCUUGCAAAGUAUGUGGCAGAAAAAAUGGGUGGUAAAGUUUCAAAAGAGAAACUUAACGAUUUCAACUGGGAACAUCACUUAAGUGAACUAAAAUUUCAACUUAAAUCCAAUGUUAUACCAAUUGGACUCAUCAAGAAAGGAGUCUUCUAUCAUCGAGCUUUGCUUUUCAAGGCUCUGGCUGAUAAAAUUGGUGUCGGUUGCUCUCUGGUUCGAGGGGAGUAUGGCAGAGCCUGGAAUGAAGUUAAGCUGAUGAGUGAAACUCGUAAGGUUGGGGGUGUCCCACCCCUUGAAGGAUACAUAGUUGACCUCAUGUUUUCUCCAGGUGGACUGAUAAAGUUAAGAAGUAGAGAAGCAGAACUUUACAGAAAUUUCUGAACUAUCAAAUGAAUACAAAAGAGAUUCAAACAAAAAUUUUAUUUAUACUUUUGAAAUGGACCAUUUUAUUUUAUUUUAUUUUAUUUCUUUAAAUAAAAGAUUUAGAAAUGUUCUCUCUGAGAAGUAAAAGAACAGUUGGAUCUGAUUUCAGGCUUUUGACCUUCUGACUAGGUCAUAUUAUACUCUCUGUGCCUUAUGUAAAGUAUAUAUAUAAUUGUCAAAAUUAACCCAAGCUGAUUCGUAAGGAGCAUCUCUGCUCUUCAGUAUCCAAAUGUAGAAUCACUCACUUGUUCCCAGGGCAAAUCUAUGACCUCAUGACUGUCAUGCCUCAUGCCCAGAAUGCCUCAAGAACACUUGGUUCAGUGUUUUUAAAGUAUCUUCUGUCAUCUUGACUCAAUUUCAUACCGAUCAUUGACUGUUUGCUUUUUUGUUCAUGUUUCCUAAAACUGAUCAUUCAGAACACCAACACAAGUUAAUAUGCUUCACUGAACUAAAAAUAUUUCUAUAAAUUUUCCAUAAGUUACAUUUAUCUUUGUCUUGUCUAUGUGGAUCCAAUUUAAAAACAAUUCUGCUUCAAUGCAAUUUAAUGCGUGGUUACAAAAAAAAAUAUUUUAAAUCAUAAAGUUUAAAAGUUCUUUCUUUGGAGAUUUUUGAAAUACAAAAACAGAAUGAAUCUUUGCCGAUACAUUGUUUUCAGUACUGAGCAUAAAAUGGGGAGCCAACCCAUUUCAGACCUUAAGCAAAAAAAAGAUGUGUCUCAGGAAAUAUACAUUUCCUUGAACCUCAAGUUUUGAUAAUCAUCUUACAGAUUUUUUUGUAAUUAGUUUGAUUUUAGAAAUUAAGGCUAAGGUUAUUC